UUCAUCAUUUUGACAACUUUUACUCAGGAAGUCUAUGUGAACACACCUACCAAGUUUGAAGUCAAUGAGGUGAAGUGAAUUUGAUACAAUCUGCAAAUUGAAGACUUUAAACAGUCAGCUAUAUAUUGUGACAAUAAAAUCACCUUGGCUAUGGAAAGCAUGCCUGUCUUUAAGUUUGUAAAGACUUUGUCAUGUGAUGUAAACCCUGUUUGUACAAUAGCACUGCACAAUGUCUAGAGUUUAAAGGCACACAUUUUGGAUAUUGAAGCACAUAAAGCCCUCAUGAAAGCUGACUGUAUUUGCUUAACAGAGACAUGGCUUGAUGUAAACACAAAAGAAGAACCACAACUUGCAGGACACGUUUUCCACCACAAUCCACGAGGGAACUGUUACGAUGACUCUGACCCAAUGUUUGCAGUGCUCAAACAACAACAAAGAGGUGGAGUAGGUAUGUACUGUUCAGAAAACAUUGAUGUGCAGGUGUUACUUCCAGAAAAGUGCAACAUUGAAUGCCUGUAUUUCGAAAUGCAACAUGUAAAUUUGUGUGCUGCUGUUCUGUACAGGCCAAACUCCUAUAAGAUUGACAUGUUUUGACAGAAGUUAUUGCAGGUCAUCUUUCACCUUGACAAGCAUGCUGGUAGAAAAAUUAUCAUGGGAGACUCUAAUGAGGAUAUCUUGGUUUCAUCUUCCAUUCAAAAGUUACUGGAGCAGCAUGGCUACAUUCAACAUGUGCGACAAUGUACAACUGAAAAAGGUAUGUUUGCCUAAUGUGAAACACACUACAUUCCAUUAAGAUGCUCGUGGCCAGUGGCACAGGCAUUCACAAACAGACAGGCCAGAGGUCAGCUGUCCCAGAAGAGGAAUCUUGCUGUAGAGGAAGAUGAAUCCUCUUCACAGGGACACCAUAACUCAGGCACUCAGGCUCCAGUCACAGACUCAUCUGCUUCAUCCAUUUCCUGCUCAAACACCUGGAUUUCAAAAUGUGGACUGCUUUGCCAAAUCGUGUUAAAGCACAAAAACAUCCAAGUUCUGUCUGUGUUACUACCAUUCAUGUUUUCAAGUCAUCAUUCUCAGUCACUGAGUAGCAAUGCUGAGGUGGAGUUUUCAGAGGGCUCAUCUUCAGACUGGUCAUCAUCACCAUCACCUGCAUCCCAAGGGUCAUCAUCAGGUUCUGACUCAACGCUAAUACUAGAAUCUACCAAAGUUUGUAAAAAAGCUGGUUGAAGGACCCCUGGAUAGCAACAUUGCAAGAGAUACGUGUGUUGUGUGUGUGAGGGAAAUGGGACUGACGUUAUGUGUUGAUCCUUCUGCCAGGUAUAUUACAUUUUGUUCUUUAUGUAUGUUAAUUUUAAUACUAAUUGAGCAGUCGGACCUUGCUGUCUCCCCGAGGUGAGGGAAAUGGGACUGACGUUAUGUGUUGAUCCUUCUCCCAGAUGUCCGAAAUAAACGACAAGUUUGCCAAAAGUGACGGCCUUCUUCUGUGAAAUACACAACGCAACUAGAGAGAGUACAAAGCCGCUACAAUGGUGCCGUGACCCGGAUUAGAAAAAAAAAAAAAACUACGCGGGUGUGUGAUCUGUUCGUCGCCAUGGUGACGCCGCAUGCUCGACUCUUCACGUGACUGCUUCAUCGGUGCUUUAUUCACUCCCUUGGUAUCGUGAGUCCGGUUGCAGCAUAGAGCCCGGUUUUGGACUGUGUUUUCAGUGUUAUAUGGUGGCCUGUCUGUGUAACAGAAAAAAAAAAAAAAAAAAAAAAAAAGUUUAAUUGUGGAUUGUAAUAUUGGACAUGCUAUUGAUGUUUUGUUUUUUUAUGUGUGAAUCCAUCAAAGUUUUUUUUUUUUCCAUUUGAGCUAACUGUCAAAGAAAAAAAAAAAAACUUAAGCUGCAUAGGGUAACAGACUCUUUACUAUAUAUUUUGACAUUUUUUUCUGUGAAAAUGGGUGAACAUAAUGUGUCAAGUGUUGGUAGGGGUGCUAAACUGUGGUUCAGUCAGUUUCCUACUCCAGGUGGGCUUAGUGAAGGCCGACAUGUUACAUCUACUCCGCACAAUCGUCCUGGGAGGGAUAGUGCAUGUGCCGCUGCAGAUGCUGGGGUGGAUGGUGAGUCUACACUUUCUGGUCGAGAUGUCCAUGUUCUCAGUGAUCUGGUGAAACAAAUAGGGACCAGUAUAGGUGAGAACAUUGUUUCAUGUCUUAAGUCCAUGCCAGCUAAUGAAGCUAACUUGACUCAGUCAACCACAGCGGAUUUCUCUAAGGUUAACUUGACAAUUAACCAUGAUAGUUAUGAGCCACAUCCUUUCAGGGGGGAUCAAACUGAUCGGGUUUCAGUCUCUGAGUGGGAGGAAGGUAUGAUACUUUACCUGGGUAGGAGGGGCAUUGAGCUUUGUUGCCAGGCAGAUGAAGUUUUGGGCAAGCUAAGGGGGAGGGCACGUGAUGUGGUGACCAUUGGGCUUCGCAGUCGACCCUCCUUAGACUUAAAGUCAGGCCCUCAACCUGUGUUUGACAUACUUAGGCAGCACUUCAGUGACUCUGUGACCUCUUUCAUGCCUCUUGCUGACUUUUAUGACACAAAGCCGCGGCCCACUGAGACUGCUGUUGACUAUUGGAUUUGGCUUAACAAAGCCAUGGACACUGCAGUAGAUGGACUCAAGAGACAAGGAAAGACCCUUGACAAUCCUUCUCGUGAAGUGACAGUCAUGUUUAUCACCCACUGUCCAGAUACUGAACUGUCUCUAGUCUUCGGCUGCAAGCCACUGGAGGAGUGGACUGCCACUGAUGUUCAAGUGAGGUUGGAUGAACACCACCAGAAGAAGCGCCUUCAGCAGCGUCAAUCUUUCCACCCAGCCGGAAAUCUGCACACCAGCCAGGCUGUGGACGUUUUGCAGUGCCAUGCCCAGUCUGCGGGGGGGACCCCUGCCUCUCAACCAGUUGCAGCCGGCAGAAUGUUGCAGUCUGAGGGGCAGUCACUUGACCAUGUGAUUACUCUCCUUGAGCGGUUGCUGCAGCGAGAGGCCUCUCGUCAUUCCAGGUCGCCAAGGUCGGGUGCUGGUGGCCGAGGCAGCUCUCGGGGUCCGUGUUCCAUUUGUGGAGGUGACGACCAUGACACCAUGUCUCACUGCAGGAGAGAGCGACUUUGUUUUCGCUGCUAUGCAACUGGGCAUCAGGCUGUGACCUGUCAGAGUGCUCCUCCUUCUGACUUACCUGCUGCUCAGCCUGGUGGUUCCAACCAACAGGGAAACUAGUUGGCCCACACGAGCAGGGGAGUAGUGUAGGGCCCAAUGAUAUGUCCCCACAAGAGCCUGAUGAUGUUGAUCUUGAGUCAGUGUACACACAGUUCUGCUCCUUAGCAGGUGAUAACUCUACUGUGAUUAUUCAAAAUACCCAGAGACUGUCUGCAACUGACGAU